AGUUAACUGGAGAAAAUGAUUUGAAAAAGGUAGACUCCACCAGAGGCAUUGUUGAUUGUGGAAUUGGUAUGGAUACCAAAUCUUCACCACGUCUAGCAGCAAUCAGGAAGGCCCAGGCCAAGUUGAGGCAGGAGUAUGAUGCAGUUGAUGAACAAAGAAGGGAAAUAGGGUUUCUUGAGAAAGGAGGCAAUCCAUUGGAUUUUAAGUUUGGUCGUGUAGCAUCAUUCAGGGUACAGUCAACUUCCAUGACAGAUCAGCUGGCCGAACAACAUCUGACGAGGGAAGCAAAUGGUAGCUUUGCAUCAGCUGCUUCACACCAUGGGGAUUCUGUUGGAAACAAUCUUUUGCCCUUUGAAGGAGAUAGUAAUAGUUUUGGUGGUGUGAGAAAUGUGAAAUGUAGCAAUACAAGAACUAAUCUUGCUCUGUUUAAGCAGUCUGAACAACACAGUGCUCUUCAUAAUGCUAAGUGCUCAGGUGAUCCUCUUAUUUGUCGUCUUGGUGUAAAAAAUCAGGCAAAUGUUAGAAGGGACAAAAAUACAUUUAGUCGCAAGAGUGCUAAACUGGAUAUAUAUCGCGGUAAGAGAUCUUUGGUUAUAUCUUCCUCCUGCCCUGAUUAUAUGGACAGUAAAAGGUCAAAAUGGGAGCCACAAGCAAAAGGCCUUGCUGUCUCAUCCAUUUCAAACUCAAAAUCAGCUAUUCAAAUUGGUAGUGUUGAGUCAAAGAGUAUUUCUUCUAAUGACUGUGUAGGUAUGAAACUGAACUGGGUGCCAAAUCAUUAUGAAAGUAGUAAUCAACAGCCUCAUAUAGCUGCUGAGAGUGUUAUUACUGGAACCACCUCUGUAACAUCUGAAGCCAUUGGAAAAGAAGGUGUUUCUGCUACAUUCGAUUCCAUCCCUUUUGAUAGUGCAGAAAACUUGAAAGAAGCCAGCAUUUUGCAUAGAAACAGUUUACAAGAGAAUGAUAACGUGAUAAGUGUUAAUUCACCUGAUAAUAACCUCAUUGAGCCAAGAUCUGUACAUCCUACCAUCAGCAAGUCGGUUGUUCAGGUCAAAGAUGAGGCAGAAGUUUGUGAUAGUAGUUCAACAUCUAUCCUCGAGCUCUCUUGUUCUAGAUCUGUCCAUUUAAAGUUUGCAAAGAAGGCGCAAGAGGAUGCCAUUCUUAGAGAGUCCAGGAUUAUUGAGGCAAACCUUUUGAAGGCUGGUGAGCUGUCAUGUAAUCUCCCUUUAGAUCAGCGAAGAUGUCACUGGGACUUUGUCCUGAAGGAGAUGGCAUGGAUGGCAAAUGAUUUUGUGCAGGAGAGACUCUGGAAAAGUGCAGCUGCAGCGAAACUAUCUCAUUCGAUUGCUCGUAAAUCUCGAGAAAAACUCGAAGAAAGAAACAUGUGGCAGAAGCAAGAUGCUAGAACUUUGGCCAAAUCUAUCAUGCAAUUCAAGCAUUCAGCUGAGACUCGCGCUGUAAUGCACGGAUGCAACAAGGAUAUGCUAGGAAGGAAGUUCACCGAAGCUGAGGAUAAAAAAGAAGAGGAAGGUCUCUUCUACGUGGUGCCUCGUGGUGCAAUGCACUUUUACGGGGAAUUGGUGGAGUCCCACUGGGUGCUCUGUCAGAAAAUGGGUAACAAUGUGCAUCAAGAGAUCUGCAAGACAUCCAUGUGUGAUUCUGUUGGAGAUGAACAUAAACAAAAUGCACAUGAAGAAGAUGAAGGUGAAACACGUACAUACUUAUUGUCAAGAAGAUAUGAUGGUGGUUUUGCGUUAAAUUCUGCCCACAAGAAGAGAAAACCAAUGCAACAAAAGACACAUGCAGAAAAAGUAUUUGAAGUAGGCGUGGAUGUAUCUUGUGAGUCAUGCAGGGAAAAAAAUUUGGGAAAUCAACCUAUGCAGUCAAAAGGCAAAAGGCCUUCUAGUUCCCUAAAUGUUAGUCCAAUUCCGACAAAGAGGAUGCGUACAGCUGCUAGGCAGUGGAUUGCAAGUCCUUUUGAUGUUUCAAGCAGAAAUACAAAUUCAUACGGAGACAAUCAGAGUUUACUACUUGGAGGAUCAUUGCCCAGGAAAAACAUCGAAGUUACAAUGCAGAUGAGUAACAUAUCCAAUCAAAAUAAGCUCACUAAAACAAUCAGUAGUUGGGACCAUGGAAGAAAAAGUAAAGUUCUGAAGAUGGCUACUGAUCACUCGGGUUCUGGAAAUCCAUGGUCAGACUUUGAGGAUCAGGCUCUUCUUGUCUUAGUUCAUGAUAUGGGUCCAAACUGGGAGCUAGUAUGUGAUGCAUUAAACUGCACACUCUUGUUCAAGUCGAUAUUCAGGAAACCUAAAGAAUGCAGGGAUCGUCUUAAGUUGCUAGGUGGUUACUGUUCUAAUAGUGUUGAAGACUCCGGCUCGUCUCAACCUUAUAACUUUACCCUGCAUGGCAUUCCAAAGGGCAAAGCCAGACUCUUGCUUGAUGUCUUUCAAGAGCCGAGACAAUUAGAUUCUUUGAAGGCACAUCUUGAUAAAAUUAUUUUUCUUGGACAACAACUGCGAUCCUGUCACAGUCAGAAUCAAAGUCAGCACCAGAAGCAGGUAGCUCAAACUCAUAGUUCACAUGUUGUUGCUCUUUCUCAAGCAUGCCCAAACAAGUUAGCUAGAAGCAUUUUAACGCCACUGGACUUAUGUGACUCUAUUGCUUCAAGCCAAGAUAUUCUUCCGACCUUAAAUGCAGAUACAGUACGAGGAUCUCCUGCCAUGUCUCAAGAUAACAGUUUGUUCUCAACUUCCGCAGCUCUAAGUCCUUUGCUAGAGAAAAUCCUUUUCACGUCAACGAGCAGCGACAGAUGCAGCAGUAUAGCGAAAUGCUUUCCAAUAGAAAUCUUCAACAACCUGAUAGCUUUGCAAUCGGGGCUUCAAAUAUAGGAGUUGGUUGUGGAGUUCGCAUGUUAGCUGUUGCUUAUGGUAUGGGCAUGAUGUAUAGAACCAAACAAGGCCUGGAUACACCAAUCCUGGGAUUUCAGGGGCUAAGUACCCAUGUAACACUAAAUAUGUCGACCAAUGAGGGCAAAAGGCAAAGUCUGGACAAUGUUCCCAGGCCAGGUGCUGUUUCUAGACCCGAAAAGUUGAUAUCAUCAUUGUGCGACCUUUGCAGAUGACACAGGUGAGCUGUUUAUUUCAUGGAAUUUACUUGUCACUGUAUCAAUACAACGCACAAAUAUUUUUGAUAAAUAUAGCAAUUCUGAAUAUUGGGAAAUGAACUAAUCUUCUAGAUGUUUUUACUUUUUAUAAGCCCGUUAGUGUGAACUUAUAGGAAAGGAAUAAAUAAUGCUUCUUUAACCAAGGUUUCCAAGCAGCAGUUACAUGAGAUCCAUAUUUAUUAGUUAGCCAUAUGCAUUUACUGAUGUGAAAAAAGAAAAAGCACACUCUGCCUAUAGAAUUUAGGCUCCACAAAUUGUACUCGCAAUUUGGUGGUCUUUCCUUUUUGUAGUCUGGACGGAAUCUCGACAACCAUUCAAGUUCUCGCACCUUCCAGAUCAAUGGGACAAACCAUACAAGCCCACAGCAGGAGGUCUGUGCUGUUUAUUUUGCCAAAGAGAAGUCCAACUGCGAAUAAUGACCGGACCCUGGCACCCCUAUGCCUGGUUCUAAUUCUGUUUCGCCUGUAUAAAGGAAUUCGCAGCCCCAGCAUCAAAACUUAGUUCUUCCUCGCGAUUACAGCAUAACCAGCAGAUGUUUGAUUAUUUUGUUAUGGUCCAACACCAACCAGUUGGCUCUCUUCUGCAGCCAUAGUCAGCAAAAAAAGAUGCCCGUAGAUACCUACAAUUUGAAGGAACGGCGAAUCUCAACAUCAUCUUGGUCCAUUCAUGAAAGGCAAUAUACAUGCACGGCCUUCAAAUUUCUUGACCAGGAUAAUGAAAAAACAGAGGUGGAUAGAUUGGUUCCUUCCGCCUCUUGUUUAGCUGCUUGUGUACAGGUAGUUCUUAUCCAGUUAUUAUACUCAUUAAUCAACUCUAGUAAAUUAGUUCUGGCCAGUAGAGUAAUUUUGAUGACUAGUGCUUCUUACAUCUCUUUUUUUUUUUUUGUGAGAAUUGAUUCUAAUCGUCCAAAUUUAAGUUUGCUUACAUAGAGAGAGCGUGGCGCACCAUUAACUCUCUCCAUGUCUUUGCCAUAUUCUUGAGUAUUUUUACUUUUGAUGAUUUUCAAGAAAAAUAAAGUUUGUUCUAACAAUAAAAUUUCCGAUUGCCUCAAUUAUGUUGAGAUGAAGAUACUACUAAUUUGAGCUAAUUGUUCAGAACUAUUUUAUUUUAAUGCCUAGACUACUAUGCACGUAGCCUUCUAUUGUAAGGAAAUCUCACCCAAAUUCUCUAUUUCAUAAUUUUGCAGGCUCAUCCAAGCAAAAGGAGAGCGCAAAACUCCGAAGAAGAAAAAAAACAGCAGCUAAACCCUAUAAAAGGUAAUAAAAUAUUGCAUAGAUCUGACUCCGUUGGCAUGCAAGACAACAGGGAUGUUGUCGGUGUUGUAACGACAAUUAGAUGCACACCUCAAGACAACUUCUUUCUUUGCUGCUGUUUUGUUUGUUUUUUUUUUUUUUGUGAUAAAAUCUCCUUCGGGAAUUCUUUUUUUUUUUUCUUUUCCAAAAUAAUUUAGGAAGUGUACAACCCAAAGUACCAAGCUAGUUGGCAGAUCAACCAAUAGAUAGAUUAGACUUUGGAUGUUAGGGAAAAUGUUUUGAAAACUUAGGAGUAUUGUAGGGCUUUACCCUGGGUUAGAGGGAGCCCUUCCAGAAAUUCUCAGUGGCACUGGGCCAAACCCAGGCCAAAGAGGGGGUUUGG